GCAGUUACUGUUUCUCAAUUCGCCCUUUCAAUUCCGCAUUGGUUAGUUAGGAUGCGUGCAAACUCUGUGAACGGGAGACCCUCUGCUGCGGUGAUGAGAUUAGAUGUCCCGGUCUUGGGUCGUAGACUACAUCCACAACCCGCUGCCCCUCGCCCCUCUGUCCAUUCGUGAUUCUUAUUGAGGUUCAUCGUUUCAACCAAAGAUACUAGAGGAGUUAGUAUCUUUGGUUUCAACUCAACACCGCUUCAGGUUGGAUACGUGUGGAUUGAUCCAGCUCUUCCGGGUCAGGAAUACAGACCUAGGCAUCUGCCCCCACCCUUCUUCCAAUAACACACACACACAGCCACAGCAGCGGAGCUCAGCCGAUCAGAGGCGGCGGUGCAUCUGCCGGACGAGUCCAGCCUGCGGAGCCAGGCAAACGCCAAUACACACCCAUCAGGCGGCUUGUUUGUUUGCAGCGAGCGAGCACCAUGAAACAGUUCGGCGGCGGCGGUGGCGAAAGCAGUAGCAGCAACAGCAGCAGCAGCAGCAGCAGUAGCAGUUAAGAGAUGGAAGAUAAAAAGCCAGCUGGCAUCAGGCACAUCCCCGACCCUGGGCGUCCGAGAGAUGCGGGCAGAGCCGGGAGAGGAGGGGGUGGCACUGCCCAUGCUGUGUCCAAGUGCGAGUUGAGUGGCGUCAAGGGAGAGCAGCCGCAGGAUACCAUCCGGCGAGUGUUGGACUUCAAGAGCCAGGGCACCCAGUGCUACAAGGAAAAGAAAUUCCGGGAUGCCAUCGGCAAGUACCACCGGGCUCUGCUGGAGAUGAAGGGUUUCCUGGCGGCGGGCGAGUGCGAGUCCUCGUCCGCUGCCGUCCUGGUGCAGCCUGCCCCGGGGAGGGCGCCGGUGAAACUGAGCGAGGAAGAGAGGAAGGUGGUGGAGAGCAGUGAGAUCGAGUGUUACAACAGCUUGGCAGCGUGCUUACUACAAGCGGAACUCGUGAAUUACGAGCGAGUAAAGGAAUAUUGUCUCAAGGUCCUGAAGAAGGAAGGAGAUAAUUUCAAGGCUCUAUAUCGCUCUGGUGUGGCUUACUACCACCUUGGGGAUUAUGACAAAGCUUUACAUUAUCUGAAGGAAGCAAAGAACCGAGAGCCAACAGAUACAAAUGUGAUCAGAUACAUCCAGCUAGCAGAGAUGAAACUCAGCAGAAGCUCACAGAGAGAGAAAGAAGCGCUGUAAGGAGAUGAGACACCCCAGGAUUGUGAGUGGACAUUUGGAAUGCUGACUGGUGGGCUAUGAUUCGGCGUCGACCUUGUUCCCUGGAUCGAAUGCUUGCCUGCACAUCACUGACUCUGGUUCCUCAGCUGAAGACUGCAGUACCACGCAACGCACCAAGUUCAGCAACUUUGUGGAACCGGGAAUGGUUUGGAAGUGAGCCCAGGCUGUGAUGUCAUUGCAAGACCUGAGGCAAGCUUGGUUAGGAAAUUUUUUUUUACCCGUCUUGUUUAUCAAGGAAGGUUAUAUAUUGAGGAAGUCCUAUAUAUACCGGCAUUGCCAAAUGUUAACUGACAUGAAACAUAAAAGGCAGAAUGGUUUCGUUCUUCACGAAUUGGGAGAGAAGUGCUUUUGCAAUGACAUCACAACAAUCCCAUGAAAUGGUCAACUCCAAAUAAACUGAUUGAAAACUGGGCAUGCGAGUCCAUCUCAAAACAAUUGGUUUUGUAGAAAGAAUACAAAACAUUUGUGCAUUCCUGUACAUUUGCGCUGUCAUUUAACCUUUACUUGUUGAAGGUUUUGGGAUGGAAGGAAAGGUUGAGUGUUACUGUUUAUUAAACUAGGUCUCAUUUAAAAUAAUACACAAGAAUUAUUAUAUAGAAAUGUUUAAAAUCCUGUACAGACAACGAGAGAAAAUACGUAUCUACUAUUAUCGGUUUUGAUAUUUGUGCUUUAAAUUAAAAAGUAUAACUUUUCCUGAAGUGGAAUUAGAAGUGAAGAGACAUGAACAUUGAGUGUGCUAAGUGGAGUGGCUAAAGCAAAAUGGAGGAUGAACCAAAGCUGAAGAGUCUUGAACCAUGAACACUGUUGCACACUGACACAGUACCUCAGGUUCCUCUGUCAAAUAUUUUAGUGGAGAUAUUAAACUAUAAGGAAAAUCGAUACAUUUGGAAGCUGGAGAAGUGAGAGAGAAAAAGAGAGAAAAAGUGAGCGACCAAGAGGAGGUGCUUGUAUUGUGGCAAAAAAACAAAAAAACUGCCACAAGUGAAGUAUUUUUAAACUUAACCAAUAAAUGUUAGUUGCUGCACAAAAACUGCAGAUGGGUGUUCUAACACAAUGUAUCUUGGAAAUCUAGUGAAAUGAGCAUCACAAUAGACCUACUGCCCAAGUUAGGCAUGAAUAAGUCAUUGAUUUUGAGUUGUUCAAUGAUUUAUGGUGAGACUGUCUCCAUAUUCCACCAGGCCUAUUGCAAGUGACCUCAUGAUUUAAAUUCAAGUAUUUGUAAUGCUGCACGACAAUUUUCCAACAAUUGGAAAAUUGAUUUAUCUUUUAAAAGUCUAUGUUGUCAACAGGAAAUGCAUGGUGAAGGUAAUGCCACAAUUACUGGGCAUUCACACUAUUUUCUCUACUACUUUAAAAUGGCCGACAUUUGAAAAUGUUGGUUUCAGUGGUACAAUAAAAGUGUAGUUAAAGGGCAAUACCAUUGCAAAAUAAUUGCAGCGCUUUACAUUUGCGCCAUUGAAUCAACUUAAUGCAAUUGGUUCAUCGGUCCCUUGAUAAUCCCAGUAUUAACUAUUGUGUUUUGCCAGUGCAACAAUCACUUUGGUGGCUUGGGGCAGUGUGGUAAAUAGUACUCUGUGUUUUUUUUAAAUGCACGACUGAAUAUAUUGUCUAACAUCUAUAUCCUUAGAUGGUAAUUAGAUCUUCAGCAACUGUGUCAAGAAUUAAGCUGUGUUUAUGAGAUGAAAGAGAAGUUACUUUAGCUAAUGUAUUGGUUUGAAGAUGGAAACAGCAUCUACAAAAAUAAUAUGAAGAAUUUUGCAUUGCUAUUGCUUACUCAUUCCCAACCUUGCAAUUCAUUCUAAGUAAGUAAUUUCCCAUUUCAAGAGAGAGUUUUAUGAUUAGCUGAAAUUAAAACAAUUAAUAUAAUGUACAUAAUAUAAUAUAAUGAAAUUAAUAUAAUGUCUCAAUCUUAUGUCAAAGGUCUGAAUGCGCUUCAUCUAUUGGCAUAGGGUGCUGUAGUACAGAACUGGGUCUUCAGUCCACCACAUUCAUGCUGACCUAUUUCCCUGUCUACACUAAUCCCAUUUGUCUGCAGUGGACCAGUAUCCAUCUAUGCCUUACCUAUCCCAUGUCUGUCUAAUCACUCUUCAUAAGUUCUAGGAGCAGAAUUCAGCCCAUCAAGUCUACUCUGCCAUUCAAUCAUGGCUAAUCUAUCUUUCCCACUCAACCUUAUUCAUCUGCCUUCUCCCCAUACACCCUGACACCCUUAUUAACCAAGAAUCUGUCAAUUUCCACCUCAAAAAUAUCCAUUGACUUGGCCUCCACAGUCGCCUGUGACAUAAGGCAGCCUCUUAAACAUAGGAAUGCUGUCUUAUUCCACCAUCUCCUCUGGCAGAUAUCAACAAUUGCCUGUA